AUGAUAAAUGUUGUAGCGAUUUUUCAAGAUUUCGAAAUUUCUUCAAAAUAUUUCAGCUACAGUAAUUUCGGAAAGUUCGAAAUCGAAGAAUUCAUUUGGAACAAUACAAAUUCUGUGGUUUUUCCAGAUCGAAUGCGAGAUCUUCAUGGAUUAACAUUGCCAAUACUUUUUGGAGGAUCAGAGUCAGGAGUCAUAAUAUCAAAAAACGUCAAUGGUAGUUGUACAAUAACUGGUGGGUUUUUGAAACAUUUCUUUGAAGCUCUUGCUAAAAAGCAUAAAGCCAAAUUGAACAUAUCUAGUGUCAGUAUCUCCCAUUCUUCAAAUCAUCUUCAUCAUCUUGUUUUAAAUGAAACAAUUGAGAUAGGAGGUGCCAGUAUGGAAGUGAUACAAUUUCCAAAUCAAUGGUUUUCAUAUCCAUACAUGCUGUACGAUUGGGGUGUCAUGGUACCUGUGGAGCCAAACAUCCCUGUGUACAAAAUCUUCGCAUUUGUAUUUCAUUGGGAAGCAUUUUUAAUAACAUUCCUGACAUUCAUAUUGCUUUCUAUAGCACUUGCAAUAGCUGCUAGUUACUCAAGGCCAUCACAUUUGCCCUUCUUCACACGGGAUUUCCUAGAUUGUUUACGUGGAAUUCUUGGACAGUCUUUUACAGAAGUACCAAGUUCUUCUAAUACCACAAAAAUCAUCUAUUCGUUGAUAUUUUUGCUGGGAAUUAUGAUGGUUACGUCAUAUGAUGCAUUUCUUCAGUCCUUCAUGACCAAACCACCGAGGGAAAAAUUUAUAAAUUCCUUUGAAGAUCUUCAAUUGUCUGGUUUAAAAAUCUUUGCUUAUAAACCUGAUAUCGAUGCAUCGAUGUACACAAUAAGGCCAAAAUUCAUGAAAAAAUAUUUAAAUUUAUUUCAACUUGAAUCGAAUUUUGAGACUUUUACAAAAAUUCGAAAUUCUUUAAAUACCAAUUAUGCCUACACAUUGAAACAACAACGAGUUCCAAAUGAUAUUAUAGUUAUGUUUCUGGAGCUCCGAAUUAUAGUUUUUGUUAAUUCCAUUUUGCCAGAUGAUGCUAGUUGUAGUACUUAG